GGCAGGAGAGGAGGCUGGGGGCAGGGUGGGCUUGGGGCAGCUGGGGCCCCCGUCUGGUUUCCUCUAAUUCGUGUCCCUAUCCUUUAGUCCUUGUAAGCAGCCCCCAGCCUGCUCUGUCUCCCCAAACCUCUGGCCCUCAGGACAAGUCUGUCCCUACUCCCACUUCCCCUCAGACUGGCACACCUGGGCCCCCUCCAGGCUGGCAGCAGGCAGGUUGCUGGGCCUCCUGGUCCAGCCCCUGCACACCCUGCCCCACCAGCCCGGUGGCCUCCAGCGCUGCCAAUCGCUUGGCCCUGCCCCUCUCCGCCCCUUCCCCCGCCUCUUGCCCAGCCCCCUCCUCCUCAGGUGAGGCCUCCAGGCCGAGCAGGCCCCACGCUGCUGCCUCUGCCUCCCGGCCGCCCGCUGUUGCGGGGCCACCAUGCUCCUGCCCAGGCCUGGAGACUGACCCUAAACCGGCACCAGCUCUCGGCUCCACCCCCGCUUGCGGGACUCCAGGAUCCCACCCCGGCCCAGGAGGUCAGCCGGGGAAUCAUUAACAAGAGGCUGUGACAUGGCGGAGAAGGAGGGUGGCCAGGCUGUGCCAUGCUACUCCGGACCCAAGGUGGCAGCUCUCACUGUGGGGACCCUGCUGCUCCUGACAGGCAUUGGGGCAGCAUCCUGGGCCAUUGUGAUGGUUCUACUCAGAAGUGAUCAGGAGCCGCUGUAUCCAGUGCAGGUCAGCCCAGCAGACACUCGGCUCACCGUGUUUGAUGAGAGGGAGGGGACGUGGCGGCUGCUGUGCUCCUCGCGCUCCAACGCCAGGGUGGCGGGACUCAGCUGUGAGGAGAUGGGCUUCCUCAGGGCGCUGGUCCACUCGGAGCUGGACGUGCGGACAGCGGGCGCCAACGGCACGUCGGGCUUCUUCUGCGUGGACGAGGGAAGGUUGCCGCACGCCCGGAGGCUGCUCGAGGUCAUCUCCGUGUGUGACUGUCCCAGGGGCCGUUUCCUGGCUACCAGCUGCCAAGACUGCGGCCGGAGGAAGCUGCCUGUAGAUCGCAUUGUGGGAGGCCAAGACACCAGCUUGGGCAGGUGGCCGUGGCAAGUCAGUCUUCGCUAUGACGGAGCACACCUCUGUGGCGGGUCUCUGCUCUCCGCAGACUGGGUGCUGACAGCCGCCCACUGCUUCCCUGAGCGGAACCGGGUCCUGUCGCGAUGGCGAGUGUUUGCAGGCGCUGUGGCCCAGGCCUCACCCCACGGCCUGCAGCUGGGCGUGCAGGCAGUAGUCUACCAUGGGGGCUAUCUCCCCUUCCGAGACCCCAGCAGCGAGGAGAACAGCAAUGAUAUCGCCCUGGUCCACCUCUCCAGCCCCCUGCCCCUCACAGGUGGGGCAGCCGGCAGAAGCUGGGUGCUUUCUCGCACAGAGUACAUCCAGCCUGUAUGCCUCCCGGCUGCCGGUCAGGCCCUGGUGGAUGGCAAGCUGUGUACCGUGACAGGCUGGGGCAACACGCAGUACUACGGCCAACAGGCUGGGGUGCUCCAGGAGGCCCGAGUCCCCAUUAUCAGCAAUGAUGUCUGCAAUGGCCCCGACUUCUACGGGAACCAGAUCAAGCCCAAGAUGUUCUGUGCCGGUUACUCUGAGGGUGGCAUCGAUGCCUGCCAGGGUGACAGUGGUGGCCCCUUCGUGUGUGAGGACACCAUCUCUCGGACGCCACGUUGGCGGCUGUGUGGCAUCGUGAGCUGGGGCACCGGUUGUGCCCUGGCUCAGAAGCCAGGUGUCUACACCAAAGUCAGUGACUUCCGGGAGUGGAUCUUCCAGGCCAUACAGACUCACUCCGAAGCCAGUGGCAUGGUGACGCAGCUCUGACCUGUGGCUUCUCCUCGCUGCACACGCUUCCAGGGCCCGAGUUGACCUAGGUGAUUCCAGCCCCACAUGGUGGGAUCCACCGUGGGCCUGGGAUGGGACACUUCUCUUCCUGGGCCCAGCCCACAAGCCCAAGGAUACCCUCCCUCCAGGCUCCCUCUUCCACAGUGGCGGGCCCACUCAGCCCUGGGACCACCCAAGCCUUACCCUCCUGACCCCCAUGUAAAUAUUGUUCUGCCAUUUGGGGACCCCUGUCUAGGCCCCCUGAUGACAGGAUGUUCUUUAAAUAAUAAAGAUGGUUUUGAUUAA